GUAGGUCGAGGGAGGUGCGUCCCGGAGUUUGGGAGGCGGGUGUGGGUCUGGAAUGGUUUCUUGUUUAAAACUACUUUUUCUGAAGCCUUUCAGUGCUGCCAGUUUACCCUCCAGGCGCUGAGGGUCAUGUAGUAUUAAAUACUUGUCUGGAGUUUCCUACGCAGUAAACGGUGGGUCCUAGGGGCCGGGAGGUGUUCGGACCGAGUGUUGUCCACUGCGUAUUGUGUAAAAACUGUAAUUCAUUCCUGUACUCGUUACUGAUAUGUAAACCAGUUUCUGAAGCGGGGGUGAGGGUGGCGGCAGUUGAAGUGGAGAGAAAUUUUAAAAACAGAGACAACUUUUCUCUCGUUCUGAGUUACGAGCAACGAGGAUUCUGCGAAACUUGGCUGGGAAGAAGAGUAUGCCAAAGAUAGAGUACUGGAAGGAGCAGGACUUUAAAAAACACAGUACCAUAUAAACAAUGGAAUAUUACCCAGCCAUAAAAAGAAACGAAAUUGGGUCAUUUGUUGAGACGUGGAUGGAUCUAGAGAUUGUCAUACAGAGUGAAGAACAAAAAGCAGAAAGUAUAUAUAACUGUGCUGAUAUAGAAAUAUCUCCAAAAUAGACAGCAUUGGCCCUCCCAGAUUUUUCUGAUUGGCUAGAAGCGGCCACUCCCUCCUUUAUUCCUUCAUUUUUGUCUGUUAAAUACAGUGAAUGGGAAAAAAUGCAAUUUCUUCUAUUGGUUAAGAACUCUUGCCCUGCCUGCUACCUCUGACGGUUUUUACUGUGUAACCCUGGCUUUGGCAACUAUGAUUUCUUGCCCAGGGGUGUGCCUUCCUGGCAAGCAAGAUGUGUUCCUUGGGGUUUACCUCCUGAAUCAGUACCUGGAGACACACUGCUUUCCUUCCGUGUUCCCUAUUAUGAUUCAGCGGAGCAUGAGGUUUGAAAAGGUAUUUGAAAAUGCAGUAGAUCCUGGAGCUGUAGCACACAUUUUAGAAACCUUUCUAACCAGGUUUGAGUUAAUACAGCUAGUGCCUCCAGCAUGGGAAGAGUUGGCCUAUUAUGAAGAAAACACGAGGGACUUUCUCUUCCCUGUACCCAGGCUGACACCUUCGUACCCUGGGCUGUGUAGGGAGGUGCUCAUGAAGACAGUUGAAGGUUUUCCGGGCAUUGCUCCCAAAAUAGAGUUUUCUACGAGGACAGCCAUCAGAGAACGUGUGUUUCUGCAUAGACACAGAUUUCUUGAAGAAAGAUGUGAGUCACGAAGGCCUUUAUCCACAUCAAAUGGACCAAAAUUCCCCUUAAGUAGUAUAAAGAUGAAACCAAGGGAGAGUAAUCUCGACAGACUGCCCCAAGGCAUGCAGUCCCGGCCGCCCUCUCCAUAUUUCACCAGGCGUUUCUUUCAGGACCAGCCAGCUCAACUGAAUCUUGGAGAUAGUUUCAAAAUACCUGGAGAAAGCAAACCUCCAUUUGUAGUAAGACAUGUGGACAGUGCAAAGCCCUUUGGUGAGAACAGUUCAGAGCAUCAUUCCCAGAAGUCUAGAAGAAAAUCUGACUUUUCAAACUUUCCAUUUCCAGUGAGAAGAGCUUCUUCUCUUGACAGCCUUGCAGCUAACGUAAAGGUUAUCAAAGAGCCAGAUGAACGGAUUGUUUUAAGGAAUGAAUCACCAUUAUCGUUAGAUUCAAGUAAGUUUGGAAAGCCCUCGGCCAGUUACAGUCAUCAAGGGGAUGCCGAUUUCCACUGGGAAACUUCAUUUGCCACCUCCCAACACUCCAGAACUCCCAGCCCUCUUCUGGAUCAGCCCCUUCUCCGAGAAAGGUUCCACCCUGCGUCCCAGUCCAUGUGGAAGAAGAUCCACGAAAGGGUCUGCAGUCGUCUGACGUCCCACAGAUCUCAGCAACACCUAAACAAGGAAGACUCCAUCUCUGAAGUAAAGAAUAUCCUUGAAAGACCAAACUACCCUCUGAAGAAAUAUCCGGUGCAUAAACAGAGAUAUUUUUAAACUGCUGUCCUGUGGGAGACUGAAUGAAAGCUGGAGGAGCAUCAUGAAGAGCUCACUCAUCAAGCCAACUGAACAACAAUUUUUGUCCCGUGUAUCAAAGCACCAGUGUCUAACCCCCGUUAACUCAAACCUGUACCCACCCAGUCUUUUGUACCCAGGUAAGAGCCAUUGAUUAAAGUGUCUGCUCUUUGGGGCUCAAGUUUUCUUGUCAAGCUGGAAAAUUUGUGUUUUAGUUUGUUUGUAUGCUUGUUUUGAGCUUGAAAACGAAAAUAAUAGUUGGGUGGCAGGUGCUUUUUCAUUUGGAAAGCGCUUCUUAAAAUUCUGAUGAAGACGUCAAGAUGCCUUUUCAGGUGUUCCUCAUUUUGGGCAGUGGAUGUGUUCUUGAAAAGUUCUUUUCUUUCCCUCCUUCCUCAUUUUUUUCUCCUUCCCGCUUGUCCUCACCCCUCCCCCACCUCUACCUGUUUCCCUUCCCUUCCCUUCCUUUUCCUUCCCGUUCCUUCCUGUCCCUUCCUGUUCCUUCCCUUUCCUCUUACAUUUUCCAUAAGCUCGAGGAAGCUGCUAUCUAGAGGAAUAAACUGAUAUAUCCUCUAGAAAAAGACUGUCACCUGAUUUUCCAUUUUUGGUAAAUCUGUUUUUUUGUGGUUGUUUGCUUUUUAGUGUUAGGCUUGAUUUACAUGAUAUCAACUGAAAACCUAGGAAGAGGGAGCAUUACUUCUGGAGAAUUCAGGUCUUGCUUUAAGGGUUUAAUUUCCAUGCUGCAUUUGUAAGAGGAGGCUAAUUUCUUUUGUUUGUUGUUUAAACCACUCCUUCUGUCACCUACCCCUCCUUUUUUCCAACAAUUCUUAAAUAAAUUUAUAUGAGGAACAAAACCUUCAAAUAUUUUUCUGAAAUAAAUAACUACACUAAGUUUGGCAGAAAUGACUGUCAAAACCAGAUUUAAAAUUAGUAGAAGGGUGCCUUUAUGAAAUGGUUACCCAGUUUGAGGAUCAAGAAGAGGAUGGGGGUGGAUUGAAGUGGACAUUUGUCUUCAUGGGUCUACAGACCCAGAGAAGAGAGGGCUUGAAAAUGGAAACCUUUGUCUUUCCUUCAUGCUAUAUCCUGAGCAUUUUCCUCUACCAUGCCCUAAAACCCUUUCAGUUUUUACAAGAUUCAGUGAGAAUCAAGUUUCCUUUUCUCAUUAUUACCACAGGAAUUGGUUCAUUAGGUAAAUUAAGAAAACAAAAUUUAAAAUUAAAGGAGAAAAAAAGUCCAAAAGCCAAAAUAAAACAAAAUUCAUUUAUCCCUUCUCAGAAUUUCAGCCUAAUAAAGGUAUAUAUCACAACAAGUAUUCCACCUUUGAAAGACAGACAGUAUGCUUAAAUUACACCUGCUUGUAUGUUUUCAGUGUGUCUGAAACUAUAGUUGUCAGUUUGUUAUUUUGAGGUCUAAGUAGUCAUCAAUAAUAAAAAAUACUGUAUUACAUUAAGACUAUGGUAGAGUUCUCAGAAAAGGGCCACUUAGGAAGGAUAUAAGCAGCUGAAGGAAAUCAGUUCUAAUGAAUUGGUAUCCAGUGGCAGUUAUUGUUCAGAUACCCACUGUGACACUCAUUGUCCUUUUUUUCUUUUUUUAUGGUUUGAGCAUAACUCCUUAAUUCAGUUUAGGGAUAAGAUCUUAAAUGCCCAUUCUUAUUUAAAGUCUUUUUUUUUUCUUUCGCAAAUCAAUCUGCCUUUUGCUCACUUUCUAAUCUGCUAACUCUAUUGUUUAAGUUAUUCCUAUUUUAUCUUUUUAUUUCUCAAGGAGUUAUUUCAGUUUUGAGGACUUACAUUGGGGCCAGGAUUGCAGCAGGAUUUUGCUUUUGGAAUAUAUAAAAAUGUGAAUAAUUUUGUGACUUAUUGGGGAUUACUUU